AAGUGAGAAAUAUGCGUAACUUUUUUUUUUUAUAAAAUAGUAAACAUUGCAAGCAACAAAAUAGAUAUAACUUUGAAUUUCAGCUACAUGUGAUAAUGAACAUACGCAGAUAACAUGUAUAAACACUGAUUGACGUAAAUCGUAGUCAUCGAUGAUCACAUGCGAGAUAACCCCUAUGGAGAACGUAAACAGCAUUUCCAUAAAAGGGGUAAACGCAUGUAUGCAAUUUGAACGCUGUCAAAAAACAUCUUCGCGAUUUCGCAAAAUGAAGAAUACAGUAUUUAACCUUAAUCGAAGUUGUUUUUGACAGAAAGUGGGUAAAAAAUUUUAAUAACACAUAAAUUUUGUAGGAUGAUGCGGUUGAACUUCAAGACAAUAUUGCUUGUAAUAGUAGUCGCAGUGUUAAGUUCAAUAUUAACAUCUUGGAAUAAUUGCGGUAGUCCACAAUUUUUUAAAAGUACAGAAUGGAAGACAAAAUUUCAACACAGAGAUCGACAGAAUUUGGAGACUGGAUAUCAAGAAAUAGAUUGCCACAUAAAUGGUGAUUAUUCUAUUGGUUGCCGUAAAGAAGGAGAUGAAGUAUAUAUACCAUUUUCAUUCAUUCACAAAUAUUUUGAGAUUUAUGGAAAGUUAGCAACCUACGAUGGUUUAGAGAGGUUUGAAUGGUUGCACAGUUAUUCAAAAAUUGUUAAUCCCAAGGGAAAAUAUGAUCCUCGGGGUGUGUUUAUGACUUUUGAGAAUUAUAAUGUUGAAGUUCGAGAACGUGUAAAGUGCAUUAGCGGAAACGAUGGUGUACCAAUAUCUACUCAAUGGAAGAGUCAAGGAUAUUAUUAUCCCACUCAAAUUGCACAAUUUGGGUUAUCCCAUUAUAGUAAAAAUUUAACAGAACCAGAACCCCGUAGAAAAAUUAUUGACGAUUCUGAUAAAGUUAAGAAAGAAUGGAUCAUACCUCAGGGAUCCAUUGUAUCUAGGAUAUUUGAUAAGCAUGCUAACAGUCAUGUUAUGAAAUUUGCUACACCAGAAACUAGUACUUCUGGAAUAACACUGAAGUUAGAUCAUGUACUAGAUUUUGUAUUAAAGUGGGAUUUUAAUAUUAAAGACAAUGGAAGCAUUGUGAUUACACUGCAGUCCAGAGAGAGGAAAGAAAUGCAUUAUCUUCACUAUAUUACUAGUAAUACAGUGUUGCAUACUUACAACAACCAUGUUUAUUAUGGAAUCGGCCAAAUUAACCAUCAGUGGCGAAGAUUUACUAGAGACCUAGUUAUCGAUUUACAGAAAGGUUUAUAUUUAAAUGAUAAAAAUAAGAAAAAAUUGUCUCGUUCAAAAUUGAAGAUGAUAAAAAUAACUUUGUACGGAUCUGGAAUGAUUGAUAAUAUAACACUGUCUACAAGUGAACAUAUGGAGCAGUUCUACGAUGCAGCAAGAUGGUUUGUAGCCAAUCAGAAUAUUAGUUCCGGUGGAUGGGCAAAUCCUGUUAGAAGAAAAGUAGCACCUGGGAUAGCUACUCUUGAGCCCGGAUGGUAUUCUAGUAUGGGUCAAGGACAUGCUAUUUCCGUAUUAGCACGAGCGUAUUAUCAUUCCAGCGAAGAAAAGUAUUUGCAAGCUGCUAUUAGAGGUUUGCAGCCUUUUAGAUUAACUUCUAAUAAAGGUGGAGUAGCUGCAGUAUUUUUAGGUAAAUACGUAUGGUAUGAAGAAUAUCCUACAACACCUUCUUCUUUUGUACUUAAUGGAUUUAUUUAUUCUUUAAUUGGUUUAUACGACUUAAAAAGUAUAGCGACAGGUAAGGAUGCAGAGGAAGCAUCCCGACUCUUUAAUCAGGGUAUGACCUCGUUGAAAAACAUGUUAACUUUAUACGACACAGGCUCCGGCACUACAUACGAUUUACGUCAUUUUACAUUAAAAACAGCCCCAAAUUUAGCUAGAUGGGAUUAUCAUUCUACUCAUGUCAAUCAGCUUCUUCUUCUAAAUUCAAUUGACACCGAUCCAAUCUUUACCUCUACAGCAGAAAGAUGGAUAGGUUACAUGAGUGGUAAGAGAGCACCGCACAACUAACGCUUUUUUUAACUUCAACGAUCGAUCGACUUUUUCAUUUACCUAUUUAUUUUUUAUUUAUCAAUAUUUACUAUUUUAUUUUUCCAUUUCCAUUUUAUAUUGUACGUUUUGUAAAUAAUUUCAAAUACUUAAAGAAUAAAGCGGACCAAAAUAUAUUUAUCUGUUGGUGUAAUCAUCGUUACAUGAAGAUGGGGUAACAGGACAACUGUUGACAUUUGUUCUCAAAUCAUGAUAUGUGUUUGUAAAACACAAAACAAUACACUGUUUUAGCAUCAUUACAAAAUGAAGUUCAGUAUUCUGUGAUUAAUCAAUACCUAAAUAUUUAUGUUAUUUUUACGUAUAACUGUUAUGUUUAAAAAUAACUGUUUUAACUUAAGUAAUAGCGACAAGCGUUAAAUCUAUUUAUUAUUUACCGAUAUUUAUAUCCGUAGGAAAAUGAUACA